AUUUGGUUGAAAAACCAUAAAAAGGAAGUUUAUUAGCAAUCUAUGCAGAGAAAAUUUUAAUGAGGUAUCAGGAAUGAACAGUCUUCUCGCAAUUACAGACCUGCCCCUGCGUAAUCCAAGUUGCAUAGAUAGACUGGAGUUUAAGUAGGGUAGGCAAAUCUAGGUAAGAUACUGAUGUCUGGAACUAUUUGAAGAUAACGACUUGUUGUCACUGUCGUUACCAAAUAUACCGCAAUUAGAAAAUAGAGAAAGAUAUAAGCACGUGGUUGGCAAAAAUGAAGGAGUUAUAGCACGUGUUUUGGUGCGGAAAGCGUAUAUUUGGGACGUUAUGCAUUACUACAAUUAGAUGCUUUGUUGAACAGGAAUAAUUUAAAAUCUACCGGACUAUUGUCAGCAUUCCAGGGGAUAGAAAACAAACUUUUUUUGAAAUAAUAAUGAAGUUAUAUGUUAAAGUUUGAAAACAAAUUUACAACUUAAUAAGCGAGAAACAAAUAUUACCAUUACAGCGAAGAGAGUAUCGGAAAAUAAACAUAGAGACUCCGAAGAGGAUUCAAGUCAGUCCAUGCAGUAGACAUUCAAGUCGAUUUUCAACAAUGGGAAUCAUUACCAUCCUUUUUCCAGCUUAACGCCGCGUCGCAGCAGAAGAAUGUUUAGAAGAAGCCAUAAAAAGCCCAAUAGGAAUGAGUUAAACAAAAUAGAAGAGCAAAGUGUUAAUUAAAAAAUAAGAGGAAGAUAACUGAGUAAAUACAAGUCUAUACAUGUAUCAAUGUAAACCACAAAGGCCUUUGUAAAGGAAGUUAAUUAUGUGGUCUGAUAACACUGAUCGAAAUUCAAGCAAUUAAGAAAAGAGAACUCGGUUUGCGCGUAUAGAAUUGGACACGGUUAAUCAAACCGGAGAAAAUCGAAUAAAGGAGAAUGUUACGAAAAGUAAAGUGGAUAAUGUCGAAAUUUUUCGAUUAAAAUUAUAAAAUAUGAACGUGUCAGAGAUAUUUUAUGAAACCUAAUGUAUGAAUAAUUAAGUCUAUACCUAGGUAGCUGGCGCAUUUAAUGCUUGCGUAUAAGCUGGAUUUUGUGUAAGAAAUUCCAGAGUGACCAUCAUUAUUUCGCUAUAAAAAGGAGCUCCCGGAAGCAUUAAUCUGCACAAACACAGAAGAAAAAAAAUCCAGAUCAGUUCAGUAGUUUCUGGCGAAGCUCAUAUCUGGAAGGAAAAAGAUGGGAAGGUUAGUUCGGCUCGUAAUCGGGCUGUGGAGUAAGUCCCCAACCGGGGUUUGGUCUUUCGAAGAGGCCCCAAAUUCUCUGAGGGAAGCGGUGAUAAUCAACAGAACUGAAUCUAUCGAUGGUCUAGUGGAGAUGAUCCGUAUCACCCUCAACCUUGGUAUUCUCACUCCGGUAGUGUUGACCUAUCAACUCCCGACAUGGAUGCUCGUUCCCGAUGGACCAACAACACCUCCAAUCACUUUAGUAACCAACAAAGAUGUCGAAAUCAUGACAAGUGUGUUCGAUUACAUGGCCGAUCCAGUUCUCUAUGUGACUAGUGGACCUGAGCUAGUCGCAAAAUACCAGUUCUUCUGUAGAACUCCCUUCUCUAUUGAUGAAAAGACAUACCUUGAAGAGGGCGUAACUGAAGAACAACAUCGCCAAGCUAUAAUUGACUUGGUUGGUGGCCACCCAAUCGUGUGUAGCAAGCAUAUCUUGGAGAUAAUGUUCAACGAACCACAGUUGCUGCUAGUCUUCCGUGUCGCUCUCGAGAUUGAGAUGGUUUAUGGUUUACAGAACGAUGUUGAGGACACAGAGGAAGGUCUUGAAUAUAUCAACUUAACGGGAAAUAACUUCAUGCCUUUAGAGGGAGCUGUUCCUCUUUCUCCGGAUCCUCUGAGCAACUAUGAUCCUAAUCAAGAAGUAUUGUAUGGAGAACCGAUCACUGUUGACGAGCUACAAAACAUACACCCAAAUUUUGAAGCAUCAACAAUGGUUAAUCAGGAUACCAAUUUGGGAGUAGAACCUCUUAACUUGUUUGAAGACCUACCAGAUGAUGAAGCAAACUGGGAUGGCAUGACUGAAGAAGGAAGAAGGUAUGAGGUUUACAUUGCACCGUCUCCACACCGUGCCGAGAGAGCUAUUGGACUCCCACUUGCUCCAAAUCGAAGGGUCAUUGCACCACAACAUCAUACAUUCAUUGUUAUCGACGACGACGAUGAAGGCUCCUACACUGGCUCUUCUGAGGAUUUCAACGAGACACAGAACAACAUAACAAUGCCACCACCAGUUGCAGAAAAUUCGGAUUAUACGGUGGAUGUUAACUCCGGUGAAACAUCGGCAGAAGUCAAAACAAAUAACAAAGGAAAAAAUGUUGUUACAGAAAACGGUUCGACUCUUACUGGGAAAACGACCGAUGUUGAACCGUUUCUUGAUCUCACACUUGGAGUGGGAGUUGGAAACAGCAAGGCUGAACCAAAACCUGUCAUCGAUAUUCCAGAGUCCUCUUCCGAAGCUGAAGAUGGAAGUGGUGGGUUUGGUCCCCUCUUUUAGAAUAAAUAGCUGGACUGAUAAAUAAGUAGCCAACUUUUGAUGUGAAAUAUGUGGGCGCAGGGGUUUACUUUUUGUUUUUUGUUUAUCGCGUACGAUGCAUAAGAUAAUAUUAUUGCGGGGCCGUGUAAUGUAAAAUAUGUUAAAGGCCAAGAAGUAAUGUGAAAUAUGUUUGGUUUUAACAUUUAUACGGUGAAACUAAUCAACCUAUCGACUACUAACUUUGUAGGAAACCAAACAAACCAUUCUGAUGCAUUAUACGAAGGAAAGGUGUUUAAAAGUAGGGAUGAUUUCAAACAAUGCAUGGCUUUAUAUGCAUUGCGAAAUAAAUUUCGGUUUAAAAACAGUAGAUCCACCCCAGAUGGAAUGGUCCUUAAAUGCAUUAGUUCUACAUGCUUAUGGAGAAUUUAUGCAAUCAGAAUGAAGAACGUGGAAAAGUACGAAAUUCGAAGGAUUGUCUCCGAGCAUUCUUGUUCGGUUGACGACAGAGCAGGUAUUAAACAUAUUUAUCUACAAUAAAAUCAGAUUUGAUUUUACGAUUCUGUUGCUCGUAAAGAACAGUCAAGCAAU